CUGAAAUCAGCCGAGUCAAAAUGAAAAUUUGCUUUGCCAACGUAAUAAUGUAGAGCAGUUUGGUAGUGGAAGAGUACCUAUUCAGAAGCAACAAUGGAGUUGAGCACCGACUGUCCUGUUUGCCAAGUGGCUGCAUCGCAGGCUUGUACAAGGUGCAAAAUAGUGCGUUACUGCGGUCGAGAGCACCAGAAGCAGCACUGGCCGCAGCACAAGCGCAGCUGCAGGCCAUUCAGGGAGGAGCAGGAUGCCCAACUGGGCAGGUAUCUAAUGGCUACCCAGGACAUCGCAGCCGGUCAGAUAGUCUUUAUCGAGGAGCCGCUGGUGGUGGGUCCGAAGUGGUACCUCUCCGACGCAGAGAAGGAGGCCUCCAUCGUUCCGUGCGUGGCCUGUUUUAUGCCGAGCCGUCUAGGCAAGCACCAGUGUCGCAGAUGCCAAUGGCCAGUCUGCAGCGCCGGCUGUCAGCACGAGGACCUGGAGUGCAGUGUGCUUAGCCUGGGGUCGGGGCCACCUCCUCGUUCGAAUGUCCGUUCUUUGAACGAUUAUUUUAGAGGAGAUGCACUACUGGUGCUCAAAUGUCUGCUUCUGCAGCGACAAAAUCCGGCAAAAUGGACUGCCCUGCUAGAGAUGCAGUCCCACGAGGAGGAGCGCAGGGGCACCGAGCUCUACGAGGAGGCAGAAAAUCGGGUUGUCAGCUACCUGCAGCAGCGGUUUUUACACCGACUAAAGCCAAGCCUUUUGGACGAUUACGGACCGGAGUUACUGCAUCGACUGUGCGGCAUCAUCGAAACAAAUUUUAUGGUCAUCGAGCAACCGACUGGUGUGGAACUGAGCGGGCUGUUUCGUCAGGCAUGUAUGAUGGAGCACGCCUGUCAGCCAAAUUGCGACUUUCUGUUCGAUGGUAUCAACAAGCAGAUUGCUGUGCGAGCUGGCUGUGACCUGCGAAAGGGCGAACACCUACGGAUUACCUAUACUAAUAUUUUGUGGGGCACACAACUACGCCAGCAGCAUCUGCGGCUCACGAAGCAUUUUGGCUGCCGGUGCAGUCGCUGUUUGGAUCCAACAGAAUACGGUACCUAUAUAAGUGCACUGGCGUGUCUGGGCGAUGUAAACCAAACGUGCACUGGCACCCAUCUGCCUGUGGAUCCGCUGGACGAGAAAACACAGUGGAAGUGCAAUUCUUGUCCAAUGAUGGUGGACGCCGCCUACGUGACUGAACUGCAGACCCACAUGACCGAGCAGGUAGAGGGCCUUAUGAGCGGAUGUCCUUCCGCGAAUCAGGUUGAAUUGCUUCUGUCCCGCCUGUCUCAAAUGUUGCAUCCAAACCACUUUCUUACGUUCAACCUUAGACACACAUUGAUCCAGCUUUAUGGCAACGAAGAUGGCUUGCAAUUGUGUGAGCUUAGCGACGAGCAGCUGGAGCGAAAACUGCGCAUCUGCGAUGAGUUAUACAGCGUUUGCCAACGUCUUGAUCCGUACAGCAUCAAACUCGCUAUCUACGUGACGGUCAUUCUGAUUGAGAUGGCACAUACUCUGGAGGAGCAGGCUCGAAGGGCAUCAUCAGAGGGAAUUACUCUUCUGGAACUGGCACAGGCACGUCUCAAGAAAGCGCAGGUGGUCAUGAAGAAGGAGAAAGAAUCCGUAGCGGGCAAGAAACUAAACGCCAAGCUUCAAAAGGAUAUCUUUCAGUGUGAAAAUCUAAUUCUGGCCUAUACCUAUAACCAAAAACGUGACUUCAGUCGAAAAACCUAAGUUACCACCAAAAAGUCACUUGAAAACACGAUUUUUAGACAAGUUAUCUGAGCAAAUA